AUGCCAUUGCGUGAUAAAGUCCACCUGAAUUUCCUAAGCCCAGUACACAGCAUUCUCGGCCACCUAAGCGGCUCAACUGUGGUUAGCGAAGAUGAAGAUGCAACAGAAGAUGAGAGAGACCAUAAUGAUGAUACAAUUGUGCACAAUAAUAGUGAAGAAGAAGAACAACAGCAGCAGCAACAGCAGCACAGACACGAAGAGAAAGAACAUAAUACUCACGAUGGACAAAGUAUAAAUCAAAAGAGUAAGCAAGACAAUGACAGAGCAGCGACUCCCGUGCAAGAAGCUAGAUCUGAACCACUGACUAAACGAAGCAGCACAGACGACGAAGAAGAUACUGCUAGACCAUGUGGAGAUGCAAGCGGAGCAGAUUUCUUUUCUUCUUUCAUUAACAAUACUUCGCUAUGUUCAGGGUUUGGCUCGUUAAACAACUUGCGAAAACUUAACUUUGAGGAUUUCUUGCAAGGCAAAAAAAAUGAAGACUUGAGCCACGAUAACCUGGAGGAGCACAAGCAUCCAAAUUUGCGCAAAUUGCGUGAAAAGUGGGAUGAUAUGAAACCGGAUAGUAUAACACUGCCAGUAAGUCAUAAGCGAAGCGGAUCUGAUUAUGAACAUAAAGCGCACCCCGUAUAUGCACAGCUAAAACGAAAAGAAGAACAAGAGCAAGAACAAGGUGGGAAAGGAUCAAACACGACUACUGAUGACGAAAUGACAUCUGGGGAUGAUGCUGAUGAGGAUGGUGAAGAUGAAGAAGAAGAAGAAGAAGAAGAAGAGAAGUUUCUUGCUAAAAGAUUAACGCCAUCCCAUUCUAAAACGUCAUUGAUACAAACACUGCCGUCUGAUUCACCUCAUCCCACACCUACGUCAAGUAAAAGAGCCGCCACAACCGGAGCUAAUUCAACUAAAACAGCAACAGCCACAACAGAAGCAGCAGCAGCAACAUCAUCAUCGUUAUCAACAUCACCGACGAAAACUUUAAGCAACGAAAACGCAUCAAAAACUACGUCUACCUCUGUUAUCUCAAAUAUUACUUCAUACUCCACUAUUGAUAGUGAUUUUUCUGAAUCGAAAGUGAAUGAGAAAAGUGAAAAAGAGAAAAGUGAAAAAGAGAAUAGCGAAAAAGAAAUAAAAAUUGAAAAACAUAGAAUUGAUGAUGAAGCUCACAAUCGCGUUGAAAAGCAAAUACUAGAUGGUGAUGAACAGAUUCCAAGUGAGGAAAACCUCACUUCGCUACAGAAAUCUGUUAUACAAAAUCUUGACCCACAUUCAAUUCGAGAAGGCGUGUUAAUCAAGGUGCGGCAGCCACAUACUGAUCAAGAAGAUCAUCAGAAAAAUAACAACAAACUCACAGAAUCCAAGAAACGACUACGUUUUUUAAUUGCAGAGAAACUUCAACGAACAUUCCAUUUGAAAGAUGAUGACAUCUUUUAUGGAAACUAUAGCUCAUGGUUGGUGAAAGAUGUCUUGUUACAAGGUCAUAUGUAUCUCACCAAGGAUGCGUUACUAUACUUUGCUUUUUUACCAAAGCGGUAUACCAUCGAUGCUACUGCGGAAGUAAACAAUAUGGAAGAUUCUUCCAACAUCAUAAUGAAAGGCAACUUGGGAAUGAAAACUGGGAAAUUAGGGGAUACGACAUUUGUAACACCUGUCACGCACAAAUACUGGACCAUCUUGCGACCGGAGACAAUGUCUAUUUACAGCUCUUCGACAGACUUGUAUUUUCCAAUCACAGUUAUUGAUAUGAGAACUUGUCUUUAUGCAGAAAUUGCAGAUAAGGAAAAGUAUAGGGAAGCGCAAUUAACCACACCGGGUUCGAGGAGCGCGAAUGUUGCCUCCUCGGGUCUUAACUCUCCUCCUUCUGUUACCGAUACUGCUUCCGAAUUGAGAAAAAUGUUAGAUGAAGAUGUUGGUGCUACUGAAGAUAGCGUUGAGGUUAAAAGUACAAAUGUCUGGAUCAAAUUGGUUACUCGGAAAAAGACUUAUCGAUUUCAAUGCGACAAUUUGUACUCGGCCAGACAGUGGUGCAGCAACUUGACAAAGACCAUCUUCCAGCUCAAUAAUGCUAAUUUGAGUGGCGAAGUAUUGGUGAAGAUCCCGAUUGCAAAUAUUGUUGAUUUCAGAAAGAAAACUUUAUUUGAUGAAGUUGACGAUGACGAUAUUGACCCAGAAUCAAAUGAUAUACCAUUAAGUCUUAGUAUCAAAUAUCAUACCAAUCAUGUUGUGGAAAAGAGAAAACGUGAUAAAAUUAAAGAUAAGUUGAAAAAUGAAAAUGAUGAUGUAGCAGAAAUAUUCUUUUUAUUCCCCAAGAAUGGAACUGAAUUGUUCAAUGCAUUUGACAAAAUUAUGCAAAGACCAACUAGUUCCAAUAGGAAUGAAUCGGAGACCAGUUCAAAGAUAUUUGCAAGUUUGAAAAGAGAUAAAGUAGAGCUUGACACGUCCAUAUCGACAUUGACUCCUUCGUCCAAUUUUUUGGUAAAGGCGGUGAUUGAAAGUAAUAUGCCUGAACCGACGCCAAGGACAAGUGAAGAAUCUGCAUUAAAGAGACUUGGUAAAUCAAUUGCUAGACCAAGAGCAUUUACAAAGACAUCAAAUACGCAGAACUCAAUUGAUUUGGUGACAACCGAUAGUUUAAGUGACAGCUCGCAACUUUCUCUUCCGAUUGCACUUUCUGAAAAGAGUUUAAAAAAAUUGGAAAUUACAUUUGAAACAACAAUGAAGGAUUUCAAAGAUGCAACAAAGCGAUAUGAAGAUAAGGGCCAACUUUUAGCAGCAAUCGAUGAUAUUCCACUUCCAUCUAAUGAGCAAAAUAUUGACGAGAAACGAAAUCAUAGCCGAUUACGGAAACAGAUAAAGUCAUUUUCAACUGUUGGAGCAAAACUUUCAGCUAAUCCUUUACAUUAUCGAAUAAAGGACAAGUAUUUUGUUCAAAGUGAACACGAACGUGAAGUAGCUUCCAAAAACUUUCAAAAGCACUUUUCAUUAUUCAAUUCACAACUAGUUUCAUCGUAUUAUUGUCAUGUGUUGCGUACUUUGCCAGUUUACGGAAAACUAUAUGUUUCUGACCAUGAAGUUUGUUUCCGAAGUUUGCUCCCAGGUGUGUCAACAACGAUGAUUAUUCCAAUGCUGGACAUUGCAGAAAUUACUUCCGAUGAUACCAAAUUGAGUUAUGCUGGAGCCACUAUUAUAGUGCAAGGAGUUGAUGAAAUGACUAUUGAGUUUUCUUCGUCUAAAUCAAGGGAUGAUUUUAGAGAAACGUGUUUAGAAAUUUUGGCAAAGCUUCAUGAAAAUGAGGGUUUUAGACCCCAGCCUCAUCAGUGGGGAUCCAAUUAUAAUAUUGAGUUGGCCAAGACUCGUAUGGAAUAUACUGAUUCCGAAAGACGUAGGCUUGAUAAGGAUACACACGAUGACAAACGCGAAUUGCAUCUUGCCAAACAGCGUGUUGCAUUAUCGAGAAUUAAGAUGUUUGAAGAUCGAUUAAAUGCUGCUUCUGGGUUAGAAGUACCAAUUGUUUUGGAAGAUUCGCCUUUUUUCAAAACCGAAAUGAGACCAUCAACAUCGUAUAAUAUAACCCUUUUGACUAUUGGUUCUAGAGGUGAUGUUCAGCCAUAUAUCGCAUUAGGCAAAGGAUUGCAAAAAGAAGGGCACAAGGUUACAAUUGCAACGCAUAGUGAAUUUAAAGAAUGGAUUGAAAAGUAUCAUAUUGGAUUUAGGGAAAUAGCAGGUGACCCUGGUGAAUUGAUGUCAUUUAUGGUGGGACAUAGUGCGAUGUCAGUUUCCUUUCUCAAAGAUGCCCAAGCCAAGUUUAAAGAUUGGAUAAAGCAAUUGCUUUCCUCGAGUUGGAAGGCUUGUCAAGGUGCAGAUAUUCUUAUCGAGAGUCCGUCUGCAAUGGCUGGUAUUCAUAUUGCAGAGGCAUUGGCGAUUCCAUAUUUCAGAGCGUUUACCAUGCCAUGGACCAGAACCAGAGCAUACCCGCAAGCUUUCUUUGUCCCUGAACAAAAGAAAGGUGGUUCAUAUAAUUACCUCACUCACGUUAUUUUUGAAAAUAUCUUUUGGAAAGGUACUCAAGGACAGAUUAAUCGCUGGCGUGUUAAUGAACUAGAUUUACCAAAGACAAAUUUAUUCAGACUCCAGCAAACUAAAGUGCCAUUCUUGUAUAAUGUUUCUCCAAGUGUGAUGCCGCCUGCAACUGAUUUCCCUAGUUGGGUCAAAGUUACCGGUUACUGGUUCUUGGAUGAGGGCGGAUCGGAUUAUGAGCCACCUAAAGAAUUGCUUGAGUUUAUGGAUCAAGCAGUUGCCGAUGAUAAAAAGAUUGUGUACAUUGGGUUUGGUUCUAUUGUUGUUGAUGACUCUGCUUCGUUGACCAAAGCUAUUGUUGAUGCUGUUAUUGAUGCAGAUGUACGUUGUAUUUUGAAUAAAGGAUGGUCUGACAGGAUGGGCAAUAAGGAUAAGAAUAAGAUUGAAGUGGAGUUGCCCCCAGAGGUGUAUAGCAGUGGCUCAAUACCGCAUGAUUGGUUAUUUCCCAAAGUGGAUGCAGCAGUACAUCAUGGUGGGUCGGGUACUACAGGUGCUACGUUAAAGGCUGGAUGUCCUAGCAUCAUCAAACCAUUUUUUGGUGAUCAAUUCUUUUAUGCGACAAGGAUUGAAGAUAUGGGAGUAGGAAUUGCUUUGAGGAAGUUAACCAAGAAGUCAUUGGCCAGUGCUUUGGUGCAAGUUACUGAAGAUUUGAGAAUUGUUGAAAAAGCCAAAAAAGUGAGUCUGCAAAUCAACCAUGAGUUUGGUGUGCUUGCGGCAAUUGAGUCAAUCUACACAGAGUUGGAGUAUUCGAGAAACUUGAUAGCGGCAAAGGAUAUCCAUAAUGAGAAUUAUAAGCGUCACCAUCCAGAUUUCAAGGCACAAUCAGAACCAGCAACUGAUUCUGAGGAAGAAAGCGAGUAUGGUUCUGAUAAAGAUGAUGAUGACGAUACAGAUGAGGAGGAGGGGGAGGUGGAUGAGGUGGAUGAGGUGGAUGCGGUGGAUGCGGAGGAUGCGGAUGAUUAUAAGGAAGCAAGAGAAGAGGCCGAUGAGACGACUGACGACGAAGUUCAUCAUAAGAAGCGAGGUUAA